AUGGAAUUACAGGCAAUGGUUUCUGGAGUAACAAUGGAUCCGAAACCGGAGUACAUGAAUAAAUAUUAUUUAAGAACGGAAACAAGAGCUUCCCCUUGGUUCAUGGGAACAAUACUGGGAUACAUGUUAACGCGAAAGCAGCUAACUUUAAGAAAUUUACCAAAAGUUCCCUUAAAAGACUUAACGUUACGAAUCACAGGAGGAAUGCAUAUGCUUAGAUUUCCAACAAGAGCAAUUUGUGUUCCAAGUAACUGCUCUGAUGCAGAUGCUGGUUAUCUGAUGAAUCAACUACAGUAUCCCAGCGUCACUAUAAAAUCUCUGAUGUGUCAAACUAAAGAGGAGGUUUAUGAGCCAUUGGAUAGCAAUGCGUAUGUAGGAAUAUUAAUAAUAGUGGUAAUUGCUCUCGUGGUUAUUUUUGCAACAAUGUAUGAUCUUUACUGUCAGAAACAUAAAAAAGAAAAGGGCAAAGCAGUUUUGGUAGCUUUUUCGAUAUAUACUAAUGGUAAAAAGCUUCUUCAAACACAUAACAAUCGAACAUCAUCUCUUGAUUGUUUAGAUGGAAUUAGAGUACUGAGUAUGACAUGGGUCAUGACUUUUCACAUGUAUGUAAAAUACAUAGCAGCGCCAGUUUUUAAUUCAAAAGAAUCAAUACAGUGUGUAGCACAUACUUGGUAUAUAGCAGUUGACACACAGCUGUACAUAAUAUCACCCCUGAUAUUUUAUUUGCUUAAGAAGCAUACAAAGCUAGGAGUAAUAUGCUUGGCUUUUGCAAUUCUAGCAUCGAUAGCCUUGUCAUUUGUAAAAGGAUAUAAUGACAAUAUUCUACCUACAGUCAACAAUUCGUACUAUGCCAACGUAGACGUAGCCUUUGUUAUGUUCUACUUUUAUUUGGGUACAAUAGCAAGAGCAGCACCUUGGUUCAUGGGAACACUUUUGGGGUAUCUACUCACCAGGCCACGAUUUCAAAAACCAUUAUCUAAGGCAUAUGCCCAAGGGCGGCCAGUAAUGCCACAAUGUCCACACGGAAAUUUAAAGCAAGGUUAUGAGUGUACGGAACUGUCUCCUUACCACUACAGUCAAUUUCAUCGAUAUUUUGAUUCGUCUGGAGAUAAAAUUGCUCAAGAUCCCUAUUUGCUCAAAUAUUGUGCGGCUCAAGCUUCAAAAAAAGCAGUUAAGCAGAAUAAAACGCAGACCAUUUCUUAUUUUAUACCACAACAUGAACUUACAUCUACUGCAAGUCGCCGCGUCAAAUUGAAAAAAAAAUAUGGUACGAUUUCAACGCUUGGUGCCGAUUUUAUUUUCUAUGAUUGGAAAACUACCGUUAAAGAUGUAAUGAAGGUACCUGAUUCAUGGAAUUUUCAAUUCAAGGCCUCUAAGAGAUUCUUUUUAAGAAAGGAUAAACAUAACAAAAUUGCAAUUAAAUGA